CCAAGAUUUCCAGGUUAUUGACCCUUUCUUCCAAGCUCAGCCCCAGAUUUAAAGAGAUUUCUUCUUUAAAUCAAUCCGUUCAUAUCUUUCUUUCAUCGCCCGGUUUGGUACUUCAACUUCCGCCACUGUGCCCAGCACUUGAGCAUUGAUUUCAAGACCCCUCAGUCCCCAUGGCUGGCCCCGCCUCCCCCAACGAGGGUCCUACGUUCGAGCCACCACACCUUCCUCCCGGAUGGAUAGCGCAGUGGGAUGGGUCAAGUAAGAAAUAUUAUUAUGUGCAGCUUUCGACUGGCGUUUCGCAAUGGGAGGUUCCUACUGAUGCUGCGCCGGGAGGCACCCCGGCGCACUCAAACGAGCAUCCAUAUGGUGUCCCGGGUCCGCGAGAAGUCAUAACACACCCGGAUGGAACGCAGACUCUCAAGCACCCAGAUGGUCGCAUGGAGCCUAUCCUGCCGCCGGAAAGUUCGAGGGGCCUUGAUGGACCGACCGGGGACCGAGGUUUUGGCAACAUCGCCGCAAAUGCGCUGUUGAGCCAGUUUUCGGGCGGUAGUGGGAAGCCGCACGGUGGCAACAGCCAGGGAGGCUUAGGAAAUUUGGCCGGUCAACUCAUUGGGAGUCUCGGCAACAGUCAUGGGGGUGGCCACAGUGGUUCCUCCGGUAGUCAUUCCGGGGGAAAUUCUUCCAUAGUAGGCCAAUUGGCUUCGAAUUUGUUUUCGUCUGGGCAUAAUAAGCCCGAGCAACCGCAGAACUACCAUGGCGGACAGCACCAACAAACUCACCCAUCUGGUGGGCUAGCUGGGCAAGUGAUGGGAGGCGUGGCAGGUAUGUUCGGGGGUCAUCAGGGGAAACAAUCAGGGCAGAGUUAUGGUUAUUCCAAUUCUGGCCAGUCAGGAAGCUACAGCGGACAAGCUCCACCAACGUCUUACCAGCCGCCAAAUGCAUCAACACCUUCAUAUAGUUCACCUCUUCCCAAUCAACACAGCACGCCUUCAUACAACAAUCCCCAGGCUCAACAUAGUACGCCAUCCUAUCCACCUCCACCGGGACAACACGGCGCAUCUCCGUACAGUCAACCUGGACAUCAGAAUCCACCUUACGGAAAUGGUGGGCCUUCACCCAACUAUGGGCACGCCCCAGCCACACAUGAUUAUCCUCCUCCACAAAAUCAAUACGCCUCUCCUUCAGCCCAGCCUUCAUAUGGAGGUCAUCAACAACAAUACCCUCCACCUCCCUCUGCGUAUGGCCAGCAAUACCCACCUUCUUCAUCUGCAGCCCCACCACAUCAGUACCCUGGCCAGCCUUCGUACACUGGCCAUGCACCCGCUCCGCCACAUGGGCAACAUGGAGGACAGGCAGGAUACCACCCUGGGAACUGGUAGUUGAGCUUCUCACGCGGCUAUUGGUUGGCCGAUAUUUUCAACAUGAUCAACUGCGAAAAUACUCCCUCUUGGUCAUGCACUGUUAUCCCGCCGUCAAAUCCUACCUCCUUCGAUUUCGAGGG